AAGGAUUUGGCCCGCUCGUCGGUAGAUGCCAGCAUCCUGGCCAAGGGACUCAAGGGACUUGCCAGUAUUUGAAAGAUGUGAAUGAUGCUUGGGCUGUCUAAGCGUAACUCUACCACAUACCCGACGUCAUGGUCUGGUGUUUGUUCCUGGUACCCUCAUAUAGCUACCCCAGGUAUAACAAUAUUCUCGAACUGCACCCCUCCGGCGCAUAUAUACAAGCUCAGUUUACAACCGCAACCCCUCCCUCCAUACACUCGGCAAAAUUGAUUCAUCGAUCAUCGACCGUCGGUUACUGCAACAUCCAACUCAUAGUAAAACAGUGUCUUCAAUAUGGCAGAACCUUCAACAGACGGCGGCGAUGGGUUACUCCCCCAGCCCACGGACGAAAUCAUAAAAGGAGACAGCACAAGCGAGGAUGAUGCGCGGUUGCUUUUGAUGGCGGAGGCUGGGGCUGGAUUGACGAUGAUCCUGGGAACGGCAGCGGUUUGUACGUUUUUCUUGAUUAGGCGGUUUCAGCCCGCUUUGGCCUCCCGGGUCUCCCUCCGCCUCGCCAUCGUCGGCGUCACCUCCGACAUCCUCUACUCGCUCGCCUACCUCAUCUCCUGCCUCCCGACAGGCCCCACGCCCCUCUGCACCUGGUCCAUGUUCUUCACCGUCUUCUUCCUCCUCUCCUCGCUCUUCCUCACCGCGGCAAUCGGGCUCAAUCUGCUCAUGGUAUUCGUGUUCAAGGUGCAGAAGGAUAGACAUAUUGAACGGACGUGUUAUGUCGUGUGUGCCGGGGUGGCGGUACUUGUGCCGGCGGUGGCGGUGGGGUUGGAUGUUUUCGGGUGGGAUGGCACCGAGUGCUGGUAUACGUAUGACGACAGCGCCGGGGGUGGGGAGAGUUACAGCAGGGUGUUCGCAUGGCAGUGGGCGACAUACUACUUCUGGAUCCUCGGCGUCGUGGUCUUCUGCACCACCUGUCUCGUGCUCUUUGCCAUCACCGCGCGCAAUCCGCUCAAAGCGGCGGCGAUGGACCCCGCGAAGGAUGUGGCUGCCCAGAAACAUUUUUCAAAGACGGAGAAGCUGGUGAGGAAGGCUGUGGGGAGGAUCAAGUGGUAUUGUUUGGUUCCGCUCGUGGCGCAUUUUUUCACGUUUGCGGCGGAUAUGUACUUUCGUGCUGUGGGCGUGAAUCUGAUGUGGAUGAUGAUGGCUGCGAAUUUGAUGAGCACUGGGAUGGGCGCGAUGAGCUCGACAGUCUUCUUUACACUGGACCCCUCAGUCCAACACGCAUUCAAACGUUUCCGCCUCUACUUCUUCACAACCUACUACUUCCGCUUCCACGUCCUCAGCGACGCACCGAGUGCCGGCGGGACGCUCUCGCGGUCGGGUACCGUCUCACGCAUGCCCGGCACCCCCUCGACCGGCGGUGGUGGUGGGGAACAUACCCUCGCGCGACCGGUCACAUUGGGGCCUCAGCAGCAACACGCACCGGCCCACGCGGUCCCCAGAAAAGGAUCGGACGAGGAAAGUGGCUAUGGGAUGACCACUGGCCUCCUGCACCCCACAUCAACGACAACACAGAAUACCACCCCCCACCUCAUCCUCCGACACCCCCUCCCGCGCACCCUCCCCGUCCUCCUCGCCCGUCUCCUCAUCCGCCCCUCCGACCGCGCGAAAUACGUCAAAAGCAGAAUGGAAGCCCGCCGUCGCGCGUCGUCCAACAUGCUUGCGCGCGGAGGUCCGGGGUAUUCGGUGUCGAAGACAAGAGUGGCGGUGGAUGAGAAAGGCCCCGGGAUUUCCAGCAGUGUGGGCGUUGGGAGUAGUUAUAUGGCCGUGGGGGAGGAGGGGGUUUUGGGGCAUUUGUGAGCGGGACGGGCAUACCACUGUGGGGGUUGUUUCUGGGAGGGUUAGAAUAGCGGUAGCUUUCGAAGGUGUGGGAUAUGGAGUAGAUCAUAUAUCAUUAGAUUGCUGUUGUCGGAUGUAGGAUUCGAAUACGUAUUGUUAUUCUCCGCGAGAGGCAGAUUCAUGGAAAAAGCCGCGCGCCAGAAUGACGGGAGCGGGCGCGCUGUCAAUCCGGCCCUCUCGCGCU